AAGCUUCUCUCCGGAGAAGGAUGCACCACUAUUAUGGCUACGCAUCUUCAGUUAAUCUCCACAGCUUCAAGUCUGUGUUUUACUUCCGGAUCCCACACUUACGACACCGGAAGCCGGAAGCGGGGGUUUCCACAGUCGAGAAGGAAAGGCUGACCGUCUAACUAGGACUUUCUGGGAGCUCCGAUUCAGUCUGAGAGGUCGGAUCCCACUGCUUCCGCCCUCUUCACUUCUGGCCGACUCUGCUGACAGAUACUGUCUUGUUGGAUGAGCAGGCACCUCUGGAAGAAUCAGUUGAGUGAGAUGGUGCAGCCCAGUGGUGGCCCAGCAGAGGAUCAGGACAUGCAGGGUGAAGAAUCUUCUCUGGGGAAGCCAGCAAUGUUACAUUUGCCUUCAGAGCAGGGUACUCCUGAGACACUCCAGCGCUGCCUGGAAGAGAACCAAGAGCUCAGAGAUGCCAUCCGGCAGAACAAUCAGAUGCUGAGGGAACGCUGUGAGGAGCUGCUCCAUUUCCAGGUCAGCCAGCGAGAAGAGAAGGAGUUCCUCAUGUGCAAAUUCCAGGAAGCCAGGAAGCUGGUGGAGAGACUGAGCUUGGACAAGCUUGACCUGCAGAGGCAGAGGGAACAGGCCUUAAAGGAUUUGGAGCACUUGAAGAAAUGCCAACAGCAGAUGGCUGAGGACAAGGCCUCUGUGAAAGCCCAGGUGACAUCAUUGCUGGGGGAACUCCGGGAGAGCCAGAGUCGCUUGGAGGCUGCCACCAAAGAACGACAAACUUUAGAGGGAAGGAUGCGAGCAGUUAGUGAGCAGGUUAGACAGCUGGAGAGUGAGCGGGAGGUGCUGCAGCAGCAGCACAGCGUGCAGGUGGACCAGCUGCGCAUGCAGAACCAGAGUGUGGAGGCUGCCCUGCGAAUGGAGCGCCAGGCUGCUUCAGAGGAGAAGCGGAAGCUGGCUCAGUUGCAGGCAGCCUAUCACCAGCUCUUUCAAGACUAUGACAGCCACAUCAAGAGCAGCAAGGGCAUGCAGCUGGAAGAUCUGAGGCAACAGCUUCAGCAAGCUGAGGAGGCCCUGGUAGCCAAACAGGAAUUGAUUGAUAAACUGAAAGAAGAGGCUGAGCAGCACAAGAUUGUGAUGGAGACUGUGCCAGUCCUGAAAGCCCAGGCGGAUAUCUACAAGGCUGACUUCCAAGCUGAGAGGCAUGCCCGGGAAAAGCUGGUGGAGAAGAAGGAGAUUUUGCAGGAGCAGCUGGAGCAGCUGCAGCGCGAGUUCAGCAAGCUGAAGGUUGGCUGCCAUGAGUCAACCAGGAUUGAGGAUAUGAGGAAGCGGCAUGUAGAGACUUCCCAGCCCCCUUUACUUCCUGCUCCAGCUCACCACUCCUUUCAUCUGGCCCUGCCCAACCAGCGGAGAAGCCCUCCUGAGGAACCACCUGACUUCUGUUGUCCCAAGUGCCAGUAUCAGGCUCCUGAUAUGGACACUCUACAGAUACACGUCAUGGAGUGCAUAGAGUAGGAGCAGCCGAUGUAAGGCCACUUGUAAUACCAUGUCCUGAACUAUACAACCUGUGCUUUCCUGUUUCACCUACAUAGUCCACAAUUAAGGACUUAAUGUCAAAGAACUGGCCCUAGGACCUAGCAGGACCCUUGCUUUAGCCCUUUGGUCUGCUAGUUCCCCACUAGGGUAGACCGCCCCAGUUAGGGCUGUUUUUUCCCUUUUCUUCUGUGCCCAAGCCACUUGCCUCUGGUGGCUUCUUCCUCCCUCUUCUCCCAUUCUCAUAGGGAGUCUAGAAUGGAGGCCAGGGGCUCUCAGGGAGCACCCCUUCUCCAAGCAGGGCUGGGUGCAGCUCUUCUUCCCUCCAGCUGUUGCCUUUCUUGCCCUGAGCUGCAGGCUGUCCUCCCAGGGCAUGUGGCACUUAGGGCCAUAACAUGUGUUGCUUCUGAUGGACAUUUCAGAAGUCUUUUUGUUACCGUUAGUAACGGUGCAGUGAAAGUACUUGUGCACUGAUCUGUGUGUGCCUUUAGGACAUGUGCUUAGACAUAGCAUGCAGCCUUGCUGUGGAGGAGGUGGGUUGACCUUUGUGUUUCUGCCAUCUGCUAGACAUGCUGUUCUUUACUAAAGAGGGUACUUAAGUGUCUUUUUAUGGGGUAUGUGGGCUCUUUUUAAUCCACUGAUAGAACUUGGAUUUUCAUAUUUUCUAUCCAUUUAUUUGUUGUUGUUGCAUCAUUGCCAUUUGUUCCUGGGGUUUGGGGAGCUCUUUAAUCAGCAGUCAGGUUAGCUUUUGUCUAUCACAGAAAAUGCACACCUUGUUUCACUUUGAUUGUGUUUAUAUUUUGGGACCUAGAAGCUGUUUAUGUACUCACACCCAUUCUUUACUCUCAUAUUUUGGCUUUGGAGUUAUGACUGCUCUGUUGUUUGACAGAAGGCUAUUUCAAACACAUGCUUUUUUUUUUGUUCUAGCACCAGUGUGCUCUUGUCUUUGUGAAACACAUUGUUUGUUUUGUGUGAAUGGUGGUUUCCAUGCUUCAUCACACUCCAGGAGUUUGUGAUGGCAUGUUCACCAGCCCAAAUGUCCUGUCUUGGGAACCAUUUAGUAGUGACUGGCAGAUUGUGAACAAGGGAACUCUUUACUUGUUUUGCAAGGUUCUAGACAUUUUCUGGGAUCUUACAGUCAUUGGUAUUAGUCUUGCAAUUCUAGUAAAGGAAAGGAAGUUGGAGUUGAGAAAGCAAUAGAUGUGCCUUGCUGACUCCUCAGACCCGAAACCCUUUCUGCCCUCCUGCAAGCUUUCAUGGUUCUGAGUGGAAUCUGUAAAUCCAUUCCUGCCUGGGCUUUUUUUAUUCACAGGGAUUCUUGCCCAUUAAGAGUGGAAAGGCUGAGUAGAAUUAGGAUUUAAAAAAUAAGCCUGAGCUGGGGGCUUCUUCACAACUCUCAGGGGAUGGGGAGAAAAUUUUCUAUUUCCUGAUUCCCAGGUAUCUAUCAAACAGAUCUUUAGGAAAAUGUUAAAGGAACAGACGUAUUCUUUGCUCAUGAGUCCUUCAUUUAAAUACCUAAUCUAAUUUUUCUUCAGUAGUACCAUUGGUUUGGUUUGAUUCAGUUCAGUUUUGUGGUGGUAUAUGACUUUCUUAUAGCUGUUCUAAAAAUUCUCAGAGACUUGAAACAGAAAAAAAAUCACUCAUGUCUGGAAGUAGGAUGUUAAGUUUCUUCUGAGAAUCAAUUUCAGACUUUCUCUCAGCUCUUGGUUUCUGACAGUCCUUGGUGUUGCUUGGCUUAUAGACCCAUCACUCUAAUCUCUGGUUCUAGGGCCUCAUGGACUCCUCUAUUUCUGUCUCUUAAGAACACCAAAUUGUAGAUGUGAGGUCUAUCUGGUAAUUAAGGAGGAUCUCCAGCUCAAGACCCUUACCUCACUAUAUCUACCAAGACCCUUUUCCCAAAUAAAGUCAUGUUCUCAAGUUCUAGGGGUUUGGACUUAACACAACCCAGAGUAGGGAUAUCAUUAGAACCUGAGUAAAUGCAGCCCAGAGGCAGGUGCCUUUAAGCCUUGCAAUUCUGUUAGAGAGACUUGGUCUCUAGGGUGAUGGUGACCACCAGGCUUCAGAAUUUGGAGGAGGUCAGGCUGUUAUAGGUGCUAUGCUAUUAGCAGGGCCAGUGGGUGUGACUGAGAAAGGCAGGUUGGCUGCAGCAGGAAAGAGCUGUUGGACUGCCUGCAGUGACUGUAUAGGCUUCAUGCUUCUUGGAUAAAUAGAGAUGCAUAGGUACAUUUCUGACCAGUUCUUUAUCCUGAAAGGGGCUCAGAAAGCAGGUGUGACCUAGGUUGCACAGCAGGAUCACCCAGGAGCUUGAAAACAUUCUGGCUUGGGCUCCAUGGACUAGUCAAGACAAAAUCUGAGGGUGGCCACAGGCAAUGGUUGGGACCUAGUACCCUUCUCAGAAGGUGGGAGCCCUUGACACUUCCUUACCUUGAAGUAUGGUGUAUGAUUAACCACACAUUAGAUAUCAAGGAUUUGAGAUUCUACCAUCUUCCCUGACAUGGGACAUGUUUCUUUCUUUUCUGGAAUUACUUAACUAGACCUGGAAAAACUGGUUAUUAGUUUUUUCCCCCCAAGGGAUUUAGCCUAUUUGGCUUUUAUGAACUGUGGCCCCUGGCAUACAGCUUCUGGUUCCAGACAUCUAGAAGCAUGUCCUUCCCAGAAGUCCUUUUACUGUUACUUAUACGUUCUUCCUGUUGGCCCAUGACCAAGAGAAAUCUAGAGAGUCAAUAAGACAGUACAGAGUACUUCACUCACUGCAGUAACAAAUGAUAAGGAGUAGCUCAGCAGGAAUGCAGCCACAGAUUGUCAGUAGAGAUGAUGUCAAAAUAGGAACAAUUUCAGCCCUGUGUGUGAGACACCUUCAGGCAUAAUGAGACCUUGUGGCAUUUCCCCUUUCAAGGUGUGUGUGGGGGUGUUUGAUGAGAUAGAACAAGCACUUUGGAAAUAUCCUUAGCCCUCUUUACCUGAUAACUUGGUUCUCACAGUGACUACUUCAUUGGAGUGCCUCUCAUGGCACUGUCAUUUGUUACCACCAAAAGCUGUGAUGAAAUUGGCCAUAUACCUGAUGACACAGGCCUGCAUAGCCAGCAUCUUGAACAUUUUGUUACAUGGAACAUUCUCUGUAGUAUGGUAUAAAAAAGCCAGAGACUUAAGUUAUGUAUAAAAUGUAAAAUAAAGAAGUAAGACCUGCAAGCAUGUACCCUGUCCUCACUUGGUGGAUGUAGGGGUAGAGUUGCCAGUAACAAAGUUUUUCUUUUGUGCUAUUUCUAUGCCUUUAAUUCUUAUGCAUUAUAUAGGAAGUAGCUGUUACACACAGCUUUGAGGUUUCCUCUGCCUAUGACUGAGGAAAGCUCAUUGUUGACACAACAGAGUGGUGCAAGGGGCCAAGUCAGUCAACUAACAUGGGGCCUGGAUUUCCUGUGACUACAGCAACAAAGUACCACACAUUGGGGUCUUAGGCAACAGAGAUUUCCUGUCCCCCUGUUCUGCAUGGCAGGCAUCUGAGAUAAGUGUGGGCAGAGUGGGAUCCUCAUAAGAGAUAACCCAUUAAAGGCCCCUCUCACACUGUGUAGCAGGUCCCAGCAAUUCUUAGUGCUUUCUAGUUGGACCCGCAUCUCUGCCUCUGCCACUUUUGUCACAUGGUCACUUUGUGUGUUUCCUUUUUAUAAGCACACCAGUGUCAACCAAAGGUGGAUAUUUUGUUCAGUAUCUUGUGACAGUGAUGGAAAGAGCUGAUCUGCAGAGAUAGAACAGCAUGAGGGUUUGGGGUAUGGAGCUGUGGCCAUAGAUAUGGAGGAGAGAGGAAGAGGCAUCUAGUGACUACUGGACUUUGGCUUCACACCUGGGUACCUGGGCCAUCUGUCUACCACUGGGAGGACUAGGGAAAGGGACAUCAGAGUUGCGAGAGAAACAGUUCAGUGUUCAGUUCUGAUCCACCCAAGCUCAGUGUGAGAUGUCCUAGGUCCUCUCAUCUUGCCUUGACUGUUAGGGGUGGUUUCACAUUGAGACUGUAGGCUUUUCAUUAUCUAUUGCUUACCAGUAACCAGAGUGAUCUGGUAAAUCUAUUUUCACUUUGCUUAAUGUCCUCCACUGAUUUUCUGUUGCUUCAGGGUCUAAACUCCUUUCUUAGCCUUGUGUUGCUCUAACUUCAUGUCAUCUUCUCUAAAAGCCCAGCCAUUCCAUGCUGGCCCUUUUUCCUUUCCUCAAACCCACUAGCAAUUCUGUGUCUUAAGGCCUUUGCCUCUGUUGUCUCCUUUGCUGAGAAGGCUCUGUCCCCUAAUCUGCACAGUUGAUUUCUUUUUGUCAUUCAGAUCUAAAUGUAAAUUACAUUACCUUGUUUUAACUUACAUCAAAACCACUGACCUUUUCUAUUCUGUUGUUUCUUCCCACUAGAGGGAGACAGAAGCCUUGUCAAUCCAAUUUAGUAACACUAUAUAGGAGCUCAGCUUAGGGAUACUCUGUGUUUACUGAUGGCUGAGCUUGUCUGACAUGACAUCAGGAUUCUCCUGCCAGUAUUUUCACAGACAUCACCUCUCACCAUAAUUGGAAACUUAUAGAAGUUAUUAUAUUAAUGUACUGUAGCUAGAGUUUUCCUGCCUGACCCACAGUCAGGACAAAUCUCUCUCACCCGCCAGUCCCGCAGCCGCUCAGAACAAGUAAACACAGAGACUUAUAUUGGUUACAAACUGUAUGGCCGUGGCAGGCUUCUUGCUAACUGUUCUUACAGCUUAAAUUAAUCCAUUUCCAUUAAUCUAUAUCUUGCCACAUGGCUCGUGGCUUACCGGCAUCUUCACAUGCUGUUUGUCAUCGUGGCGGCUGGCAGUGUCUCUCCCUCUCAGCCUUCCACUUCCCAGCUUUAUUCUCCUCCUUGUCCCACCUAUACUUCCUGCCUAGCCAAUGGCCAAUCAGUGUUUUAUUUAUUGACUAAUCAGCAACACAUUUGCCAUACAGACCAUCCCACAGCAAUGUACUAGGAAUAAUAGUACAGAAAUUUAUUUAGAACUAUAGUAACUAUAGCUUUAUUUUUUUUGGUGCUAAGGAUGGAACCCAGGGUCUUGUACAUGCUAAGCAUGCAUACCACCACUUAGCUACAAUCCCAGUUUAUCAGCUUUUCUCUGUACCUCCCUACCUCUCUCUCUGACAGACCUAUUCUGUAGCCCUGCCUAGCUUGGAACUUACUAUGUAAUCCAGGAUGGCCUUGAACUUGCAGCCAUCCUUUUGCCUCAGCCACUUCUAAGAUUACAAAUAUGUUCCACUAUGCCUGACUGUAGCCAGAGGAUUUCUCAGGUCCCGCCUGGCCCCAUGCGGACCUGCAGCUGCUUAUAGAAUAAUCACUCAGAAGCUUAUAUUAAUUAUAACUGGUUGGCCACUAGCUCAGGCUUAUUACUGACUAGCUCUUACACUUAAAUUAACCCAAUAUUCUUAUCUAUGUUUAGCCAUGUGGCUUGGUACCUUUUCUCAGUUCUGUCCUGUCAACUUGCUUCCUCUGUGUCUGGCUGGUGACUCCUGACUCAGCUCUUUCUCUUCCCAGAAUUCUCCUCAUCUGCUUGCCCCACCUAUACUUCCUGACUGACUACUGGCCAAUCAGCGUUUUAUUAAACCAGUGUACAAAAGCAUUAUCCCACAGCACCUGACUAGCAUUUUUCAUUUUGUUCAGAAUUUGAAUGGGUAUCUGGGCAUAAGUGGUACACACAAUUCUGGCACUUGAGAGGAAGAGGCAGGGAAAGUACCAUGAGUUUGGGGCCAGCUUUUGCUAUAAAGCAAGACUUGGUUUCAGAUAAGAAAAACAGGAUUUGGAAGGAUGGAUCAUGUGACCUUCAUAAUAUAUAGUUCAGGAAACCUAGUCUGAGGUUAUAUGGACAAGUCCCAGUCUGGACAUUAAUGAAAUCCCUGAGCCUUGGCUUCCUCAUCUGCAAAACUGCAAAUCAAUUUCAGUUUAGACCCACGUCUAGAUUUUCCAAUAGGUUUUGAGUGCUGGAAAAAGUCUGUUGGACCUAUCUGUGGUAGAGCAUGUAUUAGAAGUUGAAGCAGGAUGCUAAUGAGUUCUAGGCUAGCCUAGGCUGCAUAGCAAGAUUCUCUCUUAUAAUACAAACAAAAAGUCAGUUGGUGAAUGAAUCCCUGGAGAUGAGUGGGGUGAGGAGAGAGUGAUAGUUUGUGGGCAUAAGGUUCUUUGGUGGAAAUAGGGAUGUUCUGAAAAUAGUCACAGUGAUGCUUACACAUCUGUGAAUAUGCUGCAAACCAUUAAAUUGUUCACUUUAGAUUGACGUGUUGUAUAUGGAUUAGGUUACAAUAAAACUGGCAUUUAAAAUGUUA